GGCCUCUGGCGCCGUCGCGAGGCUAAUGCUUGUACCGUACAACGAAGGUUCGCAUGCCCGAAGGUAACGCACCGCAUAGCGCAAUCCGAGUGAUCGGACGGUCGGCAAUGGCGCAGCCAAGAUGGGUGGCCGCGACGAGCUCUCAUUACGAGGCGGUUAGUGCCGCUGUAAGCGGCAGAGAGCACUCGAUUGCUGGAUCUGCCUGCCGUUUGACAGUUGUGAGAGCCGCCGAAAUUGCAUUUGUGCGCUUUUUCUGUAGCCGCGUGCGCUGGGCCCCGACAGCGCGUCCAUGUUCGCGUUGAAGAAGCCGCGCCCGUUGCCUUCAAGCAGGCAGUGUCCACACCGCAGUAUAAACGGUCGCGCGGCGCCGGCGU